AUGUUCCAUGGAUUGCCAAGUGAAGACCCCAUUGACCACCUUGAUGAGUUUGAUAGGCUUUGUGAUUUGACAAAGAUCAAUGGUGUCUCUGAAGAUGCCAUCAAGCUGAGACUCUUUCCUAUGUCUCUAGCUGACAAAGCUCACCAAUGGGAGAAGAGCUUGCCCCAUGGCACAAUCACCACUUGGGAUGAAUGCAAGAAGGCCUUUCUUGCUAAGUUUUUCUCCACCGGUCGCACAGCCAAGCUUAGAGGAGAGAUAUCCAGCUUCAUCCAGCGAACAAUGAGACAUUCGCAGAGGCUUGGGAGAGGUUCAAAGGCUACACAAUACAGACUGGAGCUCGACCGCGCACUCGAUCGAGCUGGAGCACAGAUGAGAAAAGACAUGCUUGCACUCAACUCGAAGUUGGACAAACUGAUCCUAGCCCAAUUCCCUGCCAAGCAUGUCAACUAUGUCUCAGAACAAACUCUAGUCAAGGACCAGGAAGGGGAGGAGACAACACAAGAGGUUUGCUACAUUCAAAAUAGACAAGGAAGCUAUAGGAAUCCUCAACAAGACAUACAACAAUUAUCCAAGCCCCCUGGCCGCACCAACAACAAGUGUUCCACAAGGCUUCCCAAGGACUACUCAUACCCAACCAACUCAAGAUUGGGAUAUGAAGGAAAUGCUCCAACAACUUUUACAAGGGCAAGCCAAAGUGCAUCAUCCUCUUCACCACAAGAGUAUGCCCAAGCAGUUACACUAAGAAGUGGGACAAUUCCAAGUAGAGGUAGCCCACCCCAAAUCGCUGUGGACAUCGAUGACGAGGAAGGGGAGGAUUUAGUCGAGUAUGCUGAUAUCCCGCACCGAACUCGAUCGAGCUGGAACAAAACCCUGAACCAGAACUCGAUCGAGCUGAGAAACCGAGACUGCAAGACAAACCAGAGCUCGAUCGAGCAGAGAAGCGAACAGACAAAGCAAACUCCAGCCAACCAGCUAAACCUGUUGCAAAGAAGAAAGACACUCCAGCAGGACCACCACCAUACAAACCCCCUCUACCCUUUCCAGGAAGAAAUUUCUGAAGGAUGCUGUUCAGCAAAGAACCAGGGAAGCACAAGGGAUGGUAGUGUUGACUCCCUCUGCGAUCUAGGAUCAUCUGUCAGCCUCAUGCCUUUGUCUGUAGCAAAGAGACUGGGAUAUCACAAGUAUCAAGCCUGCGGAAUCUCACUAGUCUUGGCAGAUAGAUCGAUAAGGUUACCAACUGGAAUGCUUGAAGACCUGCCUUUGAGGAUAGGGAAUGUAGAAAUCCCCACCGACUUCAUUGUGCUUGAGAUGGAUGAGGAACCAACAGAUCCAUUGAUACUAGGAAGGCCAUUCCUAGCUACAGCAAGAGCAAUGAUAGAUGUCUGUGAAGGAACAAUUGAGCUAAACUUGGGAAAGGACCUAAGAUGA